AUGCCGGAUGUGGGCGGACUGGGCGCGUGGGCGGGGCUGAUGGCCCUCCUGGCCACGGUGACAUCAGGCGGGGCCGAUGCGGACACCCCGAUCGGCCAACUGGAGGCGUCCAUGAGCUCCACCCUUCUCCGAGAUUUCCGAGAUGCUGACGCUCGCCGCGACUUGCCAGAUGCCUGGGUGCCCGUAGGGCGACUUUUCCGGAUGAAAGUGCUCGCCGAGAUGGAUCGACGGGUGCUGGAGAUGUCCGAGUCCGAAGAGGGCGUCCUUCCGUCUUGGCUGGAUUGGGACGCCCCCAGCGGGACACUACAGGGCCUUCCGCUGGAGGAGGACAAAGGCGUCCACUACAUCUCGCUAGGCGUCUCUGACGAGUCAUCCCCGUGGCGGCGGGACACGUUUUCGGUGGAAGUGGGCCCCCGAGAUACUUCGGAAGUAGAGUUUCCCGGGACGUUGUGCGUCGGCCCGCGGGAUUGGACAUGUGGCCCAGAGGAAUCGGUCACCGUGCUGACGGUCGUCCUGGACGCCGACUUGACCAAGAUGAGCUCCCACCAGAGGGUGGCACUGCUGGACAAGAUGAGUGGCUUCUCGGGGGUGGAGCCCCAGCUCAUGAUGCUCCUCCCUGUGGUCAACAACAGACUCUUCGACAUGUCCGCCUUCAUGGCUGGACCAGGGAACGCAAAGAAGGUGGUGGAGAAUGGCGCACUACUGUCGUGGAAACUGGGCUGCGGACUGGACCCCGGCGGCGUGCCCGACCUGUCUGGCGUCCAGGGUCCAGCCAAGGAGGGCACCAUGUCUGCUAAGCUGGGCUACCCAGUGGUGGGCUGGCACGUGGCCAACAAGAAACCCCAUGUGGCGAAGCGCGUGCGGCGCCAGUUGAACAACGCGCCCACGCCGGUUCUGACGUCGCUUCCGCCGUCCUCGGUGGCAGAGCCGCCUGCCCGCGCCGUCCCGACGCCGUCAUCCCCAUCUGUUGCCGAGCCCCCUCAGAGCUCGGCGGCGCCUGCCCGGGGGCCGGUCCCGCUGCCCGUCAGACCCACCGUUCGAGUCCGAGACUCCGUGGGCCGCACGCCCACUCCGGAACCUCCGAUACCCACUGAGGUGGCGGGGAGCACCGUCUCCGUGGUGCCCACUGCCACCCGGCCCAUCUACGUAGAAGCCACCCCCACACUGACCGCCCCCACGCGAAAACCCACCAAGAAGCCGAAAAGGCCUAAAACAACACCGGCGCCCAGUGAGCCAAAGACCACAGUGGCUGAGCUGCCCCGACGUGCAACCCCUUCACCGGGAAUCUUCCCAGAUCCGUUCAACGAGAAACCAGUUUUGCGCAAUCCUGUCGACCAGGUCAACGCUCUGGUGGGAACGUACUUUGAGGUGAAGAUCCCCUCCGACACAUUCUUCGACAAAGAGGACGGAACCACCGACAAGCUGCGGCUGAGCUUAAGGAAAAACCUGAACGAAGUGGUGGGAGAAUCUUCCUGGAUACAGUUUAACAGCACCAGUCAGCUGCUCUAUGGGCUCCCUGAUGCGCAGCAUGCCGGCAAGCACGAGUACUUUGUGCAAGCCAGCGACAAAGGUGGGCUGACUGCCGUUGACGCCAUCGAAGUGCGCGUCCGGCGCUGGCCCGCCAACGACAAGAACCCCGUGUUGUUUGCCGCCCGGCUGGAGGGAGACCCACGCCGGCUGGCCAACAACGUUCAUGAGAAGAUCCUCCUGGUGCGCAAGCUGGCGGCCGCUCUAGGAGACCGCAACAGCAGCGCCAUCAGCCUGAGGAACAUAAGCGCCGGUUCCAUCCUGUUGGAGUGGAGCAACGGCAGCCUUCCUGACUCGCCGUGCCCCAGGGAGGAGGCGGCCGCCCUCAGCCGGAUGCUGGGUGAUGCCGACGGCCGGCCGACACCGGGCUUCCGCCGCGCUCUAGCGCCCGAAUUCAGACCGCUGGGCGUGACGGCCAAAGGCCGCGCCGCCUGCCGGAGCUACUCCUUCAUCCCACCGGGCGAGACGGAGCUGGUGCCGCCGCCGGCCGUCACGCCAGCCCCAGGCACUGGACGGCGGAGCGCCGACGAAGUCUACCUACACACUGUGGUCCCGGCCGUGGCGGUGGCAGCCGUCCUGCUGCUGGCGGGCGCGGCGGCCAUGAUUUGCUACCGGAAGAAGCGCAAGGGCCAGCUGAGCCUGGAGGACCAGGCCACCUUCAUCAAGAAGGGGGUCCCCAUCAUUUUUGCCGAUGAGCUGGACGACUCCAAGACGGCCCCCUCCUCCGGCGCCCCCCUGGUCCUGCUUGAAGAGAAGCCACCGCUGCCGCCUCCCGAGUACCCAGAGGCGGGCCCGCCCGAGAUGGCGGCGCUCCGAGACGAGGACCCCAACGCACCGCCCUACCAGCCUCCGCCACCCUUUGCUGCACCCCAGGAGGGCAAAGGUUCGCGCCCCAAGAACAUGACCCCCUACCGCUCGCCACCGCCUUACGUGCCUCCCUAA